CGCCGCCCCGUAGGCCCUCGCGCGCCGCCCCGCUCCUCCGCCGGAUCGUCUGUGGGUGAGUCUCGAGCCAGGAGGCUCUGAGGCAGUGGCGAUUGGCUGACGCGGUGGCUGCGCACUCGGCCUGAGAAACUCGGCGAGCGAGCAGUGUCGACUCCCCGGGCUAUGCCAGGCGCAUCUCAGCUAAUCCAAAAGUAAAUGAGAAACUUAGAAAAAGAUUGCCAACUCCAAAUCAACAUAUUUAGAGAAAAUUGGAAAAGGAGAAGCUUACUACAGCUUUAUUUGAGGACUUUUUAAAGAACGCAGGGUUCUAUCUGUGAGCUGCAAAUCUUGGAGCAAAAACCAGAGACAUUGCCAGAGCAAACAAGAACAGAAAUACAAAUGGAGAACUGGUCAAAAGACAUAACCCACAGUUAUCUUGAACAAGAAACUACGGGGAUAAAUAAAAGUACGCAGCCAGAUGAGCAACUGACUAUGAAUUCUGAGAAAAGUAUGCAUCAGAAAUCCACUGAAUUAGUUAAUGAAAUAACAUGUGAGAACACAGAAUGGCCAGGGCAGAGAUCAACGAAUUUUCAGAUCAUCAGUUCUCAUCCAGAUGAUGAGUCUGUUUACAGCACUACUGAAAAAUACAACGUUAUGGAACAUAGACAUAAUGAUACGCAUUAUGAAUGUAUGACUCCUUGUCAAGUUACUUCAGACUCAGAUAAAGAGAAGACAAUAGCAUUUCUUCUAAAAGAAUUGGAUAUUCUCAGAACAAGCAAUAAAAAGCUUCAGCAGAAAUUGGCUAAAGAAGAUAAAGAACAGAGAAAACUAAAGUUUAAGCUGGAACUCCAAGAGAAAGAAACAGAAGCUAAAAUUGCUGAAAAGACAGCAGCUCUGGUUGAAGAAGUGUAUUUUGCGCAGAAGGAACGUGAUGAAGCUGUUAUGUCUAGACUGCAAUUAGCCAUUGAGGAGAGAGAUGAAGCAAUUGCACGAGCCAAGCAUAUGGAAAUGUCUCUAAAAGUGCUAGAAAAUAUUAACCCUGAAGAAAAUGACAUGACAUUACAGGAAUUACUGAACAGAAUAAACAAUGCAGACACAGGGAUAGCUAUUCAGAAGAAUGGAGCUAUAAUUGUGGAUAGAAUCUACAAGACCAAGGAAUGUAAAAUGAGAAUAACUGCAGAAGAAAUGAGUGCACUAAUAGAAGAACGGGAUGCUGCCUUGUCUAAGGCAAAGUUGUUAUCUAUGCAACAAGCCAGAGAAACUGCAGUUCAACAGUACAAAAAACUGGAAGAGGAAAUCCAGACCCUUCGAGUUUACUACAGUUUACACAAAUCUUUAUCUCAAGAAGAAAAUCUGAAGGAUCAGUUUAACUAUACCCUUAGUACAUAUGAAGAAGCUUUAAAAAACAGAGAGAACAUUGUUUCCAUCACUCAACAACAAAAUGAGGAACUGGCUACUCAGCUGCAACAAGCUCUGACAGAGCGAGCAAAUAUGGAAUUACAACUUCAACAUGCCACAGAGGCCUCCCAAGUGGCCAAUGAAAAAGUUCAAAAAAUUCUUGAUAGAUACAAAAUCAUCCAAUAAACUUCAGCUAGUUUUCAGCAUUACAUGCCGUUGAUUUGUCCAUUCCUCAGUGGAACUUCCAAAUCAUCUAAACCAGCUUGUGUGACACUAAGAAUACCCUCAUUCCUUUAGUGUCUAGCUCUGUGCUGUGUUUAUUUGCAGAGGACCCUCAUGCAUGGAUCCAUAUAAAUGAGGCAAACUGUGAAGCAGACUAGACUGUGCCGCUUACCGUAAAGUCUUUGAGAGAGGAAGAUUGUGUAUAUGAAAACUGCUAGGCAUGAUAUUUACUUAUAAGGAAGAUUUCUAUGUGUAUAACAUCAAGCAAGAUUUUUGGUUGAGGUUUUAUGCUUUCAGUAAAGAAAAUAAAAGAAGAAAACCAAUUAAUGGUCUGAUUCUAUCAUCUUUUGUCAAGCAUCUCUUACUGAUCCACAUGAAUGUGACCUCCCGCUCAUAGAGCAGUCUAAGAACACUGCAGAAUGGACUUCUGAACUUUUGACUCUCUUUUCAAUUUAAUUGACUAGUUUUUAAUCAACUAAAAAAAUCAUUUUCUUUGACUAAAAUGUCUAUGUAGGUAAUUUCUAGUGCAUCUAUGCUACUCAGAAAUAGAAACUUUUUUUUUAAUUAGAACAAAAAGUCUGGUUUUAUUAGUAUCAAAUCAUUGUGUAUAUUUAAAUUAUUUCCAUGCUACUGUAACUUGAAAUGUUUCCCACCUAACCACUAUUUCUGGCUUUAUGUUUAUCAGCUGAUUCUAUGAAAAGAUGGGAAUUUAGUACAUAGAAGUUACACAGUAUACCAACCAAUGAAUCACUUAUCUAAGUAACAGGUGAAGCAUUGCUGGUAUUUGUGUUUUGAAAUAUGUGCUUUUCUUAGGUAAAAUCAGUUUAUUCUACAUUUAAUAUGUGAUCCUGUCAUUGCAUAGUAAAUGAUCCAUUCACAACCUUAAUGCAAGUAGCUAAAUGUAUUGAAAUAAGUGUCUUAUAAACUUUGUGUGGCAUCUAAUGCUGACAUAAUUCAAGGAUCUGGGUUAAAGUUUGUGUCGUUGCUGGGUUUUUUUAACCUCAAAUACUUGGCACUCUGUAGCAGUGUCUCUCACAGUAAUGCUUUGUUUCUUAACAUGACCGUGAGGACUGCUUGGUCACAGGCAAAUACUGUCCUUUAUCAGCCAGGACAUUCUUAACAAUAAUUGCCCUUUUUUUCCCCUUCUCACCCCCAUCCCAACCCCAACUUAGGUUGGAAAGGCUGGUGGAUGUACUGAGGAAGAAGGUUGGAACCGGGACCGUGAGGACAGUGAUCUGAUUGAAAAAAAACGACAGUCUGGGGAAGCGAUCACAUCUGGUGACCAGGCUGCUUCAUUCAACACUGUGUAAACACUAAAGCCUUAACUUAGCAAACAGUUGUUAGAAGUGGGACACUCCAACCACAUUCCAAGCUGAGAUAAAAUCAAAUCACAAAUGUUUAACCACUUUGCUGCUGACUUGAGUUAUUUAUCCAAAUAUAUUAACUAUAGACUUUUACCAAUGGGUAGCUAUAAGGUUACAGCUUAUUUUGUAACUAUUUUAUAUCUCAAUAUCUUUCAUAUAAAUCUUUUUACUGAGAGAUCAUUAUAGAAACAUGUUAAAGUUGGUUAGGAUCAUAUCUUCACAUAUGGCCCUUUCUGAAUCAAAGUGCGGCAAAGUAAAUAUUGUCUAAGCUUUAAUCCACUGUGUUAGGUCAAAACUUCAAAUACAUGCAUUUUUCAAUAUAGGGUAUAUUUCUUAACUGAUGAGAGAGGCUUAAACAUGAGUGUGUAGUCUUCCUUCAAUGCAUGUAUGUAAUCUUUGUUAGUAUAAAAGAUAUUAAAUAUAGGUGCCAAGAAUUAAAUGUAUAAUUUGUUUAAUAAGAGAUGGAUAUAUUAAAAUUACAUUCAUCAAGGCAUGAUUUUUGUUUCACUACAAAUAAUGCAAACUGUUUUCAAUAAAAAGAGACUGUUAAUGUGUACUUAUAAA